GCACUGUCAGCAAGUGGUAGCAUAACACAGAAGGUGUUUCAAACUGAAGAGUUUGACCAAGCCCCUUCACAACAGACCAGCUGCCCUUUUCCCGUUCAGCUCUUCUGGCGCUUUAUUACAAAACGUCCAGCGUUUAUUACGAUAGUUAGCCUAGGCUUUGUCUUGCGUUUUGUUUGUGUUUAAAUAGCCUUUACAAAAUAGGAACCGUUGUUAUUUGAAACCGUUCAGCGAAAUGCCUAAAUAUAGCAUGCUUUUUUUCUGUUUGAGUCUAUGGAGUCUGAGUGGUGUGUUUGGAGUUGAUUCAGUGAAGUCCGUGUCAGUGACGGAGGGAGAAUCAGUUCGUCUAAACUCUAAUCUUACUGAAAUAAAGGGAGACGAGGAGAUAACGUGGAAAUUUAACAACAUUAUGAUAGCUAAACUCAAUGUGAAGGACAAUAAGAUCAGUGUUUAUAAUGAUAGUGCUGAAGGGAGAUUCAGAGACAGACUGAAGCUGGAUCAGACUGGAUCUCUGAUCAUCGCAAACACCAGAAACACAGACUCUGGAGAAUAUAAAGUCACCGGAAAAAGCUCAAAGAUCCCACUCAACAUCUUCAGUCUCACUGUCUACACUCAUCUGCCUGUUCCUGUCAUCACCAGAGACUCUCCACAAAAUUCAUCUUCAUCAUCAUCAUCAUCAUCAUCAUCAUCAUCAUCAUCAUCAUCAUCAUCAUCAUCCUCAUCUUCAUCAUAUUGUUCAUUCCUGUGUUCAGUGGUGAAUGUGAGUGCUGUGACUCUCUCCUGGUACAAAGGCAACAGUUUAUUUUCCAUCAUCAGUGUGUCUGAUCUCAGCAGAAGUCUUUCUUUACAUCUGGAGUGUCUGGAUGAUUUCUACAGCUGUGUGGUGAACAAUCCCAUCAGAAACCAGACUCAACAUCUCAACAACACUGAACUCUGUCAGACAUGUUCAGAUCACCUUAUCAACUUUUGUGGUUCUACUGAAGCUGUGAUCCGAUUGGCUCUCUCUGUUCUGGUGGGCGUGGCUGCUGUGGCUGUUCUUGUUUAUGACAUCAGAUCCAGAAGUCUUCAACAAGAGCAGACAUCAAUGUCAAACUAAAUAAAAAGACAAUCAGGAAAGUGGAUAUGUUCUUGAAUUACUGUAAAUAUCUUAUGACAAAAAAAUCUUUUUUAGAAUGUAUACUCCCAUUUUUUAUUUUUUUGUCAGUUGAUUAUAUCACUUUUCGCAAUACAAGUCAUUCUAAAACAGCUUUUCAAAGCAUAUGCCUUACAACAUACACUGUGAUUAAUAAGAUAAUCAAUAAUAAUAAUUGUUGUUGUUGUUGUAAGAUAACUGCAGGCUCAAAGAUUACCGCUCAGUGAGGAAUUGAUCUGUACAUCUCUAGUUAUCUGAAUAAAAGCUUUUGCUUGUUGACAGAUUGUUGGGUUUUACAAGAUGUAGCUUACAGUUUUUAAAUUGUUUUAUUAGUUUAUUAGAGUAUGAAAGAAUAUAGUUAUAUUAAUAUCAAUUUUUUUUACUAACCGUUAUAUUUAAGACAAAAUGAUGUGAUUCUAUUGUUUAAAGUAUUUUCUGUUCAUACUAAAAACAUCACCACAUUGGAAAUUAAAUAGAAACAAUGCAUAAAAGAGAGAAAAAAAAUUCAACAGGACAAAACAUUCACAAUAAUAUAAAUUCAUUAAAAAGCUCACAAUUAAAUGUACAUGACAUCAAUCAAGGCUUAAAUAGAAAUCAUUUAAUUUGACAAAGUAUUGCUUAUAUUAGUUAGAAUAUUUAGUUUUAAGUUAGUAGACAUUUAUAUUUUCUAGUGUGGGUCAGGCAUACAUUUUAAAGAUGUCUGUGCUUCCUUCUUAUGAAUUAAAACAAUAAAUAAUUCAAAAGUG